UCCAUGGCAUGUUACUAUUCUUUCUUCUUCCACUACUCUACUCAUCGAUCGAAAUUCGAAUGAUCGCUUUCUCUGAUCUAAACUAACUGUGACUGAACCGGAAAAUCAACCACCCCCACCAUCAUUUUCAUUCUCAUUCUCCUCUCUCUGUUUUUUCUAUUUCCUUUCUUUCUUUUCGCUCCCCAUUUACUUGUUUUUUCAUUUUUGCAGGGUUUCUUUUGCUCAUCACCACCUUCUUCAUAUUCCCUCUCCAACCAUGGACGUGGGAUCGUGGAGUUCUUCUCCCUCCAAGAUCAAGUCCCGAUUCUCCUUCCAAGAUCGCCUCUUCCGCAGAAAGAAUUCUCAGGAAAAUUUGGACAGGUUUAUUCCUAAUCGCUCUGCGAUGGACUUCGAUUACGCGCACUACAUGCUCACAGAGGGGAAUAAGAAGGGCAAAGAGAAAGAGAACCCUGUGGUGACAUCACCGUCCCGAGAAGCAUACCAGAAGCAACUCGCUGAGGCUUUCAACAUGAAUCGUACUCGAAUCUUGGCGUUUAAGAACAAACCCCGAACGCCGGUUGAACUCAUUCCCAGUUCCAUCCUAAACCCUCCUCCUCCUCCUCCUAAUUCCUCUAAGCCAAGACGGUACAUUCCUCAGAGUUCGGAGAAGACGCUGGAUGCUCCCGAUAUACUGGAUGAUUAUUAUUUGAAUCUGUUGGACUGGGGCAGCGGCGAUGUUCUGAGCAUUGCCCUUGGAAACACGGUGUAUCUAUGGAAUGCCUCUGAUAGCUCCACUGCUGAACUUGUCACUGUGGAUGAGGAAGAUGGACCGGUUACAAGUGUUGCCUGGGCCCCCGAUGGACGCCAUGUAGCCAUUGGUUUGAACAACUCUCAUGUUCAGCUCUGGGAUUCUCAUGCUUCUAGGCUGCUAAGAACACUGAAGGGUGGACACCAAGCACGAGUGGGUUCACUGUCUUGGAACAAUCAUAUCCUCACAACAGGAGGGAUGGAUGGUAGGAUUGUUAACAACGAUGUUCGAGUGAGGCAUCACAUUGUUGAAUCUUACAGGGGACAUCAACAGGAAAUCUGUGGGCUCAGGUGGUCUCCCUCGGGACAACAAUUGGCGAGUGGUGGCAACGAUAAUGUUAUUCACAUAUGGGACAGGACUAUGGUUUCUUCAAAUUCACCGACCCAUUGGCUUCACAGGUUUGAGGAGCAUAGAGCUGCCGUGAAGGCACUAGCUUGGUGUCCAUUCCAGGCAAAUCUCCUAGCUUCUGGUGGAGGUGGGGGUGAUCACUGCAUUAAGUUCUGGAACACUCAUACAGGGGCGUGCUUGAACUCUGUUGACACAGGCUCACAAGUGUGCGCUCUGCUGUGGAGCAAGAAUGAGCGUGAGUUGCUUAGCUCUCAUGGUUUCACCCAGAACCAGCUCGCUCUUUGGAAAUACCCUUCAAUGCUGAAGAUGGCAGAGCUCAAGGGUCAUACCUCCAGGGUGUUGUAUAUGGCACAAAGUCCAAACGGGUGUACUGUGGCCUCUGCAGCAGGGGACGAGACACUGAGAUUUUGGAAUGUCUUUGGGACUCCACAGGCUUCCAAACCUGCACCAACAGCUAGCACUGAUCCAUUUGCUCAUGUGAACCGUAUUCGUUGAAGGUGCACUUGGAACUUUCUGCAAGUCUGAGCCUGUGAGUGUGAGUUGUAGAUAACGUAGACAUUUUAUUAAAAAAAUUAUUUAGUUUUAUAAUAUUACCCUGAUUGUUCUUUAUACAUUUGUAUUAUGGUAGAUACAUACAAAAAUGUCUGUUCAGAAAAAUCAUAAAUGAAUACAUGUGUAUGAUUGGAAAUUUUCACUUUAUUGUUA